ACAAAGCGGUCAUUCCGGGAACCCCCACAAUAAAUAAUAGAACGAACAGCUGUUUUUCAGUUGGUUUGUUUUGAUUCUCUUCCACGUGCGUGUGCUGCGCUGCUGCUGCACUUGCCGCCGCAUUUCACGUUUGCAUUUUUGAAGACAAGCUUGCACUUUCACUGAAGCGCCGACACUCAACUGGUAAAAUUUCAGCUGGGCCGAUUGAUUGAAUACAUUUGAGGCCGAGGAUGGAGACCUGCAUACAGAGGGGUACCCGUGUCAUUCGAGGACCUGACUGGACCUACAGGGACCAAGAUGGAGGGAAGGGACAUGCAGGAACAGUCCUAAGUCUGCAAGCUGUCUAUCGACCCUACUUUGCCAAACAAACAGUGCUCGUCCAGUGGGACAAUGGAGAAAAGGGUCUCUACAGGACUGGCUACAAUCAGGCUUACGAUCUCAGGAUCCUUGAAACUGCAAAGUCAGGUCGUCAUCUCAAAAUCUGGUGUGAUGCAUGCAAUCUGGAAGAGAUCAAGGGCAUAAGAUGGAGAUGCACCGAGUGCUACGCCUUUGACCUCUGCACGACCUGCUACAUGAAUGACGAACAUGAUCUCAGUCAUGUCUUCAUGAGAGUGAUGUCCUCACACAAAACAUCUAAGGGCAUCAAGAUGCUACCAAGAUCAUCAUCUCCUCAUAUUCCUCUUAGAGGAAGUUUUCCUGGAGCGAAGGUUGUCAGACAUCCCCACUGGUGCAUGAGAAAUAGAACAGCCAAGCAACUUGGGAGAGUAGUCAAGACUGGACAGACACCGGAGCAAAGCAUUGGAGUCCAAGCUGUGGUAGAUUUCUCUUGUACACUAGAAAGCGUAGACUUCACUGAAAUCAUCUGCACACUGCCAGGGUCUGGAGGUCAUGUGUAUGACGGACACCUACCAAAUCUAGGGGAACUGGAGACAGUGGGGGAAGGAGAUAAAGUACUGGUAACUGCGACUCCGCCCGAAAUGAAAGAACUUCAUGAACGCAGAGGAUUGUGGGAUCCUGACAUGGUCAAAACAUGUGGCAGAAAAGGCUUUGUGAAUAAGAGAACGAAUACUGGUGACUUCACAGUGACUUUCCAUGACACCCAAGAAACCUUCACUAUGAAUUCUGCAGCUCUAAGAAAGCUUCAUCGUUUCUGUCUUGGUCAGCUUGUCCGCAUCAGUGAUGACAUCAAGAUGGUCAAGAGAUUACAGUUUGGACACGGUGGAUGGAAUCCAACUAUGAAACAGGUAAUCGGCAAAGUUGGGAAGAUCGUUAAGAUCGAGGGAUCGGACAUUAACGUCAAAACCAAAGACCAGACCUUCGUCUUCAGCUCAGCAAACCUGGUUCCUGCAAGAAUCCCCUUUCAUCGGCCGAAAGAACGAUCCAUGGCUGAAUUCUGGAAUAUUGCUCUCCAAAUGAGCGAGGCUGAAGUGGACAUUGUAAUGGCUGUAGCAUCCGGUGAUAUCCCUCUCGUUAAGCGUAUGUUAAAGAAUCAUCCAGAAUUGGUCCAUCAUGAGCCCAAACCGGGCAAAACGCUUCUUAGUGUUACGGUAGCCAACAAAGAUGUGCGCAUGAUGAAGUUCCUGGUUGAGAAAGGGUGCUUCAUUGAGAGCUACGAUGAGAAAGGCUGCACACCUCUCUUCCUUGCAACUGAUGUUAACAACUUUGAGGGCGUGCGGUUCCUUCUCGAGCAAGGUGCCGAUGUUGAUUCGGCCAACUGUGAAGGUCUGACCAGCUUUGCCGUGGCCUGUUCCCAUGGGUCCUUUGAGUGUGCACACUACCUUCUCAUGCACGGAGCAGAUGUGAACAUGAAGUCGAAGGAUGAUUAUUUACCAAUAAUCCGGGCCAUAGAGAACGAAGGUAGGACCAUACUGGAUCUCAUUCUGGCCCGAAAGGAAAUAGAUCUGAAGGCGGUGUCGACAUCGUUAUUCAUGUCUUCAAUGCAUUAUGCCGCACUGGGAGGCAACACAUAUGCCCUUACAAAGCUCAUGGAGAAAGCACCUAGGAUGGUGGAAGCACAGCAAUGCAAUGGAAAUACUCCCAUCUUCUGUGCCGGGUAUGCAAGCUCCCUGAAAGCAACUGAAGUACUCAUCAAAAAGGGCCACUGCAAUGUGAAUGCCCAGACAAACGGAGAUCAAACAUGUCCGCUUCAUCUGGCCUUAUACAAAGAGAACUUCCACUUGAUUGAAGUCUUGAUGAAGAAUGGUGCCAAUGCCAACAUCACCAUCCGUGCUGGGGACUCCUGUUUACAGAUGGCCUUUGACGUUCUUGAUUCCAUUGAAUCUGAAGAAAGAUGUAUCAAAGAGGAACCCUUUAUGUCAGAGAUGAAGAAGAAGUGGGGACAUGUUGGUAUCAAGACAAAUGGAGAUGCCCUUCUUGCCUAUCUUGUGUCUCAUGGUGGCGACCUGGAUGUGUACAACUGUGAUAACAUCACGAUACGGGAGUCACUUCAACUGAAGUCCAAAGAUGCCCUCUUGCGUUCUCUGGAUCAAAUACAGUCUCUUACAAGGAAAGACAUUGCCAAACAACAGAGCACAGCCAACUAUCCCCCGUGCAUUCUGACCAAGAACUGUCCAGGCACUGUUGCUGAGGCCGAGCAUGGGUGUUCUGUCUUGAAGAAAUGUACAGCUACACCAGAGACGAAGAAACAAAGCGCAAGUAAAUCUUCAGAGAAGUCGUCAACAAGUUCUGCCAGACCAGUUGCAAAGACACAGAGUGCAGGAAUGUCUUCUGCCAGACCAGUUGCAAAGACACAGAGUGCAGGAAUGUCUUCAGAGAAGUCGUCAUCAAGUUCUGCCAGACCCGUUGCAAAGACACAGAGUGCAGGAAUGUCUUCAGAGAAGUCGUCAACAAGUUCUGCUAGACCAGUUGCAAAGACACAGGGUGCAAGAGUGUCUUCAGAGAAGUCGCCAACUAGUUCUUCCAGACCAGUUGCAAAGACACAGAGUGCAAGAAUGUCUUCAGAGAAGUCGUCAACAAGUUCUGCCAGACCAGUUGCAAAGACACAGAGUGCAAGAAUGUCUUCUGAGAAGUCGUCAACUAGUUCUGCUAGACCAGGGACAAAGAUACAGAGUGCAAGAAAUGCCCCAGAGAAGUCGUCAACAAGUUCUGCCAGACCAGUUACAAAGACACAGAGUGCAAGUAUGUCUUUAGAGAAGUCAUCAACAAGCUCUCCUAGACCAGGAACAGAGAUAAGGAGUGCAAUAAACUCCUCGGGGAAGUCGUCUAUGAGUUCAGGAAGCCAGCAGAAAUCAGCCGGGAAAGAAACCACAAAUGCUUGUGAGAGAGGAGCAGGGGACAGCAGUGCACAAAACUCCAAAAAUAAGCCUUCAGACACAGAUGAGUGUAAUCGACUACAAACUGAACUCCAGCACAAAAAUGACCAGCUGAAAGUGCUUCGGUCAAGGGUCGAGACACUGGAACACCUGGUCAAGAAGAAAAUCUCCUUCGCUUGUGGUCAUGAUGUUACCCGAAGCAUUGCUGAGCUGAUCCCUGAAUGCCCAAAUUGCAGCGAGCCAAUAGCAUCGGUUGUUGAUGCCCAUUAACAGUCACCAUCAUCUGCCCAGAACCCAUUGCUUAGGCUCUUUAUAAAGAGUCCAGGAAUCCAAUAGCAUCGGUCGUUGAUGCCCAAUAACAGUCGCCAACAUCUGCCCAGAAUCCAUUGCUUAGUCUCUUCAUAAAGAGUCCAGGAAGCCAAUAGCAUCGAUUGUUGAUGCCCGAUAACAGUCGCCAUCUUUUGCCAAGAACCCAUUGGUUAAGUGGUAUAUGAAGAGUGCAAGAAUCCAAUAGCAUCGGUUGUUGAUGCCCGAUAAGAUUCGCCAUCAUCUGCCCAGAGCCCAUUGCUUAGGUUGUAUAUGAAGAGUGCAGGAAUCCAAUAGCAUCGGUUGUUGAUGCCCGAUAAGAUUCGCCAUCAUCUGCCCAGAACCCAUUGCUUAGGUUGUAUGAAGAGUGCAGGAAUCCAAUAGCAUCGGUUGUUGAUGCCCAAUAACAGUCACCAACAUCUGCCCAGAACCCAUUGCUUAAGUUGUAUAUGAAGAGUGCAGGAAUCCAAUAGCAUCGGUUGUUGAUGCCCAAUAACAGUCACCAUCAUUUGCCCAGAACCCAUUGCUUAAGUUGUAUAUGAAGAGUGCAGGUAUCCAAUAGCAUCGGUUUUUGAUGCCUAAUAACAGUUGCCAUAUUCUGCCCAGAACCCAUUGCUUAGGUUGUAUAUGAAGAGUGCAGGAAUCCAAUAGCAUCGGUUGUUGAUGCCCAAUAACAGUUGCCAUCAUCUGCCCAGAACCCAUUGGUUAAGUUGUAUAUGAAGUGUGCAAGAAUCCAAUAGCAUUGGUUGUUGAUGCCCGAUAAGAUUCGCCAUCAUCUGCUCAGAACCCAUUGCUUAGGUUGUAUAUGAAGAGUACAGGAAUCCAAUAUCAUUUGUUGUUGAUGCCCGAGAAGAUUCGCCAUCAUCUGCCCAGAACCCAUUGCUUAGGUUGUAUAUGAAGAGUGAUCUGCAUUAAAGUACAGUUGACCUCAUAUGUUAUGUUUUACUAGGUUGCAUCUAAGAAUAGCAUAAUUCAUGUAUUCAUUUUGAAAAUGAACAGGACUUGAGAAGAAGACAAAUACAGUAUUAUUUAAUGCCAUUUUGAAAGCUGUAACAACAAAAUACUAUGAGUUACCUUUCCUUAUUGAAUACCAGCACAUUGUUUCUUUAUGCAUUCUCAUAGCUACAGUGUAUGAAUGGAAAUACAUGUUUAAUUUAUAUGUCAAUGCAGUACUUAUGAAAGUUGUUCUUAUUUUAAGAAUUUGACUCUUGGCUAUCAUUUCAUGUUGAUUCAAAUACAGAAAGUCUUUCAAGUUUUCUAACCUUAUGACAUUUCACAAAAUAUUUCUUUAAAUGUAGAAUUAUUUUUAAUCUUUUCUAUAUAGUGUUCCUACAUGUAUAGUGUAGGGCUUUUCUUGCCGGGGGGGGGGGGG